AUGAAUAUUUCCACAUCCACUGUCGCCAGUAGAAGAAGAAGGGCGCGGUCUGCUCUUCAAGAGGAUGAGGAGAAUGCGGCCGAGCUGAAACUGGGUCCAGAGUUCCAACUGGAACAAAUUGACAACUACGGCAACGAGACCAAACUUGUGGCCCUGAAUGUGUCUGAGGCCCGUAUUCUGAUUAGAGCAGCACUUCAGGAGAGAAUGGCUAUGGUUCAGAAACUAGGCGGUCAAGACCUUGGUUUUGCAACAGAGAAUCCAGACGACGAGACUUUAGCUAGAAUGGCCACCGCCCCAGGUGCGAACGAGGUUUUACGCAAGACUUUGGACUACCUGUCGACAUUUGCACGGUUUAAAGACGCAGAAACAUGUACUGCUGUGGAAGCGUUGCUCAAGAGCUCUGAAAAUAGUGUUCUGCACCCCUUCGAGGCUGCCCAGCUAGGGUCCCUGGCAUGCGAAGACAUUGAUGAGGCAGUGACUCUUAUACCGAGUCUGAACGAGAAAAAGGAUGAGGUGGACCUACAGAGAAUCCUGGACGAACUUAACAGACUAGAGGCUAAUUACUCGUGA